GAGGUACCCAGGCAACAUGGGUGACUGGAGUGCCUUAGGGAAACUUCUAGACAAGGUCCAAGCCUACUCCACUGCAGGAGGGAAGGUGUGGCUCUCAGUCCUCUUCAUUUUCCGAAUCCUGCUACUGGGGACAGCAGUUGAGUCGGCUUGGGGUGACGAGCAGUCUGCCUUUCGUUGUAACACUCAACAGCCUGGCUGUGAAAACGUCUGCUAUGACAAGUCUUUCCCAAUCUCUCAUGUGCGCUUCUGGGUGCUGCAGAUCAUAUUUGUGUCUGUACCCACACUGCUGUACCUGGCUCAUGUAUUCUAUGUGAUGCGGAAGGAAGAAAAACUGAACAAGAAAGAGGAGGAGCUCAAAGUGGCCCAAACUGACGGUGCCAACGUGGAGAUGCACUUGAAGCAGAUUGAAAUCAAGAAGUUCAAAUAUGGCAUCGAAGAGCACGGUAAGGUGAAGAUGCGAGGGGGCCUGCUGCGAACCUACAUCAUCAGUAUCCUCUUCAAGUCUGUCUUUGAGGUGGCCUUCUUGCUGAUCCAGUGGUACGUCUAUGGCUUCAGCCUGAAUGCCGUCUACACUUGCAAAAGAGACCCCUGCCCACACCAGGUGGACUGCUUCCUCUCCCGACCCACAGAGAAAACCAUCUUCAUCAUCUUCAUGCUGGUGGUGUCCCUGGUGUCGCUGGCUUUAAAUAUCAUCGAACUCUUCUAUGUCUUCUUUAAGGGUGUUAAGGAUCGUGUGAAGGGAAGGAGCGAUCCUUACCAUGCCACCACUGGCCCACUGAGCCCCUCAAAAGACUGUGGGUCCCCAAAAUAUGCUUAUUUCAAUGGCUGCUCCUCACCAACUGCUCCUCUCUCACCCAUGUCCCCUCCUGGGUACAAGCUGGUUACUGGUGACAGAAACAAUUCCUCUUGCCGCAAUUACAACAAGCAAGCUAGUGAGCAAAAUUGGGCUAAUUACAGUGCAGAGCAGAAUCGAAUGGGGCAGGCAGGAAGCACCAUCUCUAACUCCCAUGCCCAGCCUUUUGAUUUCCCCGAUGAUAACCAGAAUUCUAAAAAAAUUGCUACUGGACAUGAACUACAGCCAUUAGCCAUCGUGGACCAGCGACCUGCAAGCCGAGCCAGCAGUCGCGCCAGCAGCAGACCUCGGCCUGAUGACCUGGAGAUCUAGAUUCAGGCUUGAGAGCAUCAAGAUUCCACGCAAUUGUGGAGGAGAAAUCCAGGGUGCUAUAGAAAGUGCACCUUAGGUGUUGAUUUUGUUCCAGUGGAUGUGGUACUCAGCAGCCUUAGAAGUGAGGCUUGGAAAACAGAAGACAUUAGAAUACUUAGGUUCUUUGGGGGCAUCUGGGAUAGGCGGGUGGACAGGGAGGGGAUAAGGGAGGUACAUGUUGGUAUUUAAUGUAGUGGAUUCAAAGAACUUAAAUUCUAAGUAAAAGUUACAUUAGGUGAUACAUAGGUAAGGGCUUUUGCUCCCCCCCACACUCUUAAGAAUGCUUCUUUGUAUGUGAACGAGUGGGUGAUCAUUAUGGCUAAAUUUUUUUCAUCUUUGUUUUAUCAAGAAACUGAAAUAACUUUGGCCAGGAAUAACUACUUCCCGAACAUGUUAUUUCUUUUCAACAAGACAAAAAACAAUAGAUUGUCCUUGUGUCCCUGUCAAAACAUUCCAUUGUUAAAAUUUGCACUUUGAAGGUAAGCUUUCUAGGCCUGACCCUCCAGGUGUCAAUGGACUUGUGCUACUAUAUUUUUUAAUCCUUGAUAUCAAUUAAAAGUUCUGACAAGGCCCACAGAAAAAGAUUUUGCAUGCAUCUGUAAAGCAUUUGCAUGUCAGCCAGUUCUGUGUAUCCACUUUCAUCAGACCAUUACCUUCACGUUUUCAUCAUUCCUCAACUACUCUUCACAUUCACUAAAUGGUUUCUGUAGACAUUUUUAAAACAGUUGGGAUGUCACUUAGCAUUUUUUUAAGUUAGCGUCAGGGAAGCAAGCCAUGCUCAAUAUUUAACAAUCACUUGGAUGUGUGUGUGUGUGUGUGGGGAAGAGUGUGUUCUAUUUGUCAUGUAUUGGUACAAGCAAAUGCAGUAUAAACUCACAAACACAAAUUGGAAAACAAUGCACACAUGCUGUUCAAAUUGAAGAUUUUCUCAUGGAUUUUGUGGUGUGGGCCAAUAUGGUGUUUACAUUAUAUAAUUCCUGCUGUGCAGUAAAGCACACUUUUUUCCCAAUUUUUUUCUCCCAUGUAUCCUGUGGGGUACUGGUUUUGUUAAUUAUGAUUUUUUUUCUUUCUCUCUCUUCUUUUUUUUUUAGAAUGUAGCAGUAAUGCUAUUACUGAAAUGAAUGAUUUCCUUUUUCUGAAAUAUAAUCAUUGAUGCUUGAAUGAUAGAAUUUUUAGUACUGUAAACAGGCUUUAGUCAUUAAUGUGAGAGACUUAGAAGAAAUGCUUAGAGUGGACUAUUAAGCGUGCCUAAAUGAAUUUUGCAGUAACUGGUAUUCUUGGUUUUAUCCUACUUAAUACACAUUAGUUCAGAAAUUGUAUUCUUUUGAGUUUGACAGUCUUUUGGUGUGACCAGCAACUUUGAUGUUUGCACUAAGAUUUUAUUUGGAAUGCAAGAGAGGUUGAAAGAGGGUUCAGUAGUGCACAUGUAACUAAUUUAUUUGAACUAUAUGUUAAAGACAUCUACCAGUUUCUUCAAAUGCUUUUUUUAAAACUCAUCACGGAUGAUCGGUGAAAUUGUAGAGUGUCAUGCUUUUUUCCUCUCACGUCAGCUACAUAAACGGUUUUGUACAAUGAAAAAUACUAAUUUGUUUGACAUUCCAUGUUAAACUACUGUCGUGCUCAGCUUCACUGCAUGUAAUGUGGACCUAGUCCAUCGGGUCAUGUGCUCUGGAGAGUGUUCUUUAUUCAAUAAAGUUUUAAUUUAGUAUAAA